UUCUCUCUGAGCUUGUGUAGCAAGUUGGAGUGCAAUUUUGAACGGCAUUAUGGUUGAAAACUGGAUCGAGAGGGAGCAUUGGGGAAUGUUGGGAAGUUGGGUGUGUUUUGGCCACGGAGAAUGGUUUGGUUCUUGUCGUAUUUUGUCAGGAGAGCUUCAAAUGUGACUAGAUACGAAGGAGUUCGCUGUCGUUGGAAGACAUUCUUUACGCUAUAGAAUUUAGAUCAGGAGGAGCAGUGGGCUAAAUUGACAGUCCAUUGUUGAGUGUUGGCCUGGGAAGUGGAAGUUCGUGGAACAAGACGUUCAAGAGUGUUGAUCAGAUUCGUGCUCGUUGAAUGAGUAUUGAAGCUUGAUUUCUGUUCUGGAAGUUUGGAUCAUGUUUGGGCAGCGUUUUGUUCGGGAAUUUUUCUGUUCUGGUAAUUCCAUAGACAGAAUCUAUUGCCAUUCGUUGCUGGGCCGCUCGUCCUGGUUAUGCGGUCGUUUGAAGAGAUUAUGCGGCCAGUUACAUCUCCAUCGCAUUCCACUUUUAUCCUACCGUUUGCGCGAAAAGCUGAUGAGGCGGAUCCGAAACGUGUUCUGAGCGGAAGGAUUUCUGAGAUACAUAGAGUGAGCUUCGGGGUGAAGCUGACAGCAUGGCUUCCAAUGGGGUCGCAGCAGUUCCAUCGAAGAAGGGUUCAACUGCAGUUCACAAGGCUACUCCACUGAACAGCCGGAUUAUGACGACGAUGGAGCGUCGUACUGUCGCUGCACAUCCAUGGCAUGAUCUCGAAAUCGGGCCUGCUGCUCCAGAAAUCUUUAACUGUGUUGUCGAGAUCAACAGAGGGAGCAAGGUGAAGUACGAGCUUGACAAGAAGAGCGGUCUGAUGAAGGUGGAUCGUAUCCUAUACUCGUCUGUGGUGUACCCGCACAAUUAUGGUUUCAUUCCACGCACCCUUUGCGAGGACGAGGAUCCCAUCGAUGUUCUGGUCAUCAUGCAGGAACCCGUGAUGCCUGGAUCGUUUGUCCGAGCUAGAGCCAUUGGGUUGAUGCCUAUGAUCGAUCAGGGUGAGAAGGACGACAAGAUCAUCGCCGUGUGUGCCGACGACCCCGAGUACAGACAUUUCAAGGACAUCAACGAGCUUCCACCGCACCGAUUGGCGGAGAUUCGGCGGUUCUUUGAGGAUUACAAGAAGAAUGAGAACAAGGAAGUAACGGUGGAUAACUUCCUGGGCCACGAAGCUGCGAUUCAAGCCAUCAGUCACUCCAUGGAUCUUUAUGCGUCGUAUAUCGUGGAAAGUUUACGACAUUGAAAAGAACUAUGCACCUGCUUGCCAAGACGUUUAGUUGUAGGAGAGGGUCAGCGGUAAAAGCAUGCAAAUUAUUUACCUGAUUGUGUGACCACUAGAAUCGCUCAUUUGCGACGGGUCAUGUUGCGGCAUGAGCCUGACGAGGAGUUUUAGGUCCACCUGUUUACUUCAAUGCUACGGUCUCGUCUUGGUGGUGGUAGCGUCGUCAGAAUCGAUGAGUGCUCCAUCUAUAGCUUCAGGUUCUGGUUGGGUGGUUGUUGUACUGAGCGUUUUGUUCGGGACAAGGUCACCACCACUAGUCGGUUCUGAGACGGCACAGUUCCUAGCUUGCCUGAUUUUUAUUUAAAUUUAUUAAGACAGAACAUUCUUUGGAAGCUACUCUGUGCAAGCUUUUGAUGAUGAGAUAGAGAUAUUUUUGAACUGUUCUGGAUUGUUUAGAAUGUAACGCAUUAACUAAAAUUAUUUUGCCUAUUGCAUUCA